AUGGCUGCAGACAUCAAGAUAAUGGUCUGCAUUGGAUUUGCAGUUGUAUUAACAGGCAUAGGAAAGUCUGCCUUCGUUGGAAAAAGCCACAGUGGAGGAAGAGAUAACCUGGUGCUGCAAUAUGUAGUUAACAACUCCCUGAGGGAGCAUUCAGUCCUCACCAAACUCAGACUGAGGACCCUUGAGGAUCAGUGGAACAGAAUGAUGGUGGCAGCGGAGCAAGCCCAGUUUAUGGCCAAUCUCAUUCGAUUGAUAAACGCCACAAAAGCAAUUGAAAUAGGGAUGUACACUGGAUACAACGCUCUGAGCAUGGCAUUGGCCAUGCCAGAGAAUGGACGAGUGGUAGCUUGUGAAAUAGAAGAGACCUACGUGGAAAUAGCUAAACCUUUUUUUAAAGAGGCUGGAGUGGAAAAUAAAAUAGAUGUUAAGCAUCAACCUGCACUUAAAACACUUGAUGAACUGGUAGCAGCUGGGGAAGCUGGAACAUAUGAUUUUGUGUUCAUUGAUGCAGAUAAAUCCAACUAUGACAGAUACUAUGAAAAGUCUCUGGAGCUCAUUAGAAAUAGUGGUAUAAUUGCAAUCGAUAACGUCCUGUGGAGUGGAAAGGUUGUGAACCCUGAACCCAAUGAUAUUACAUCGCAGACUCUAGAUGCACUCAAUAAGAAGAUACACAACGACCAGAGAGUUGAACUGAGCAUGCUCACUGUGGGGGAUGGGCUGACCAUUGCCAUUAAACGCUGAAAAUGAUGUUAUAGCGAAUGCGAUAUAUCAUGCCAUUCUUUCCCAUGUUAUUGCGUGAUUUAUUGCUCUCCUGGUUCCACAAUUCAACAAUUUGAGU